AUGAGCAAGAGACAGGAGAGAGAUGUUGUUAUUGUGCACACACUUUUGGCCAAGCUGAGUGCACCUGGUGCACUUGUACUUGCCAGCAUGACUGAAGUCCUUGCAAUAGAUGCCUCAGCUUGGCAGUGUGAGCACAAUAACAACAUCUCUCUCCUGUCUCUUGGUCAUGUGGUCCCAGCUCAGGUCGAGGAAACCGAAGACAAGGAGUCCGACGAGGCCGAGUAUUUCGACAUUGAGGAUGGAACCUGGACUGGAUUUGCAGACGAAGCCGAGGACGCAGAGGAUCUGGCGGUUUUUCGGAGGAGAACGAGGGGGAGACAGAGUACUCUCUCGGUGUCACCGAACGGUCGAGUUGUUGCUUUCAUUCCAACCGAUGAUGAUGAUGAAGAAGUUGAGACUGAGGAGGAGAGUGGCUCUCAUCGAAAAAACUCACUGGCCCAGAAACCUCAAAAACUGUUAGAAUCAAAGGAACCACAGGCAGAAUAUGUUCAUUGA